GGGGCGGAGAGCGAGGGGCCGGAGGAGGAGGGCAGCGAGGUGUCGGAGCUGCGACCGCGGGGCAGGGAGAAGGUCCGGAGGAGCGCGUCGAGGGACAGGCUGGAUGAUAUCGUCCUGCUAACGAAGGAUAUACAGGAAGGGGACACUCUGAACGCCAUCGCGCUUCAGUAUUGCUGCUCGGUUGCAGAUAUCAAGAGGGUUAACAAUCUUAUCAAUGAUCAAGAUUUUUUUGCCCUGAGAUCUAUCAGAAUUCCAGUGAAAAAGUUCAGUGUAUUGACCGAAACACAUGUCUCUCCGAAAGGAAGACCAGUCCUUCGGCCUGCUCACUGUUCCUCAGAAGUGCAGGAAACGUCACCUUCUGAUAAAUUCUCUGCUAACGAGACUGCUGGCAACUUCUUAAAAGAAGUGGAUCGAGAUAUAGAAGAAAUAGUGAAAUGUAAUGACACAAAGAGGGAGAAUCUUAAUGAAGUUGUUUCUGCCUUAGCAGCCCAACAGAUCUGUUUCGAAACCGAUGGUAAAACUAAAAAAUGCAAGGAUCCAUACUAUGGAGCAGACUGGGGUAUGGGAUGGUGGACAGCCGUAGUGAUUAUGUUGAUUAUUGGCAUAGUAACUCCAGUUUUUUAUCUCCUGUAUUAUGAAGUUCUAGUGAAAGCAGAUGUCAGUCACCAUUCUACAAUGGAAUCUUCCCAUUUGUUUGUCACAGCAGCAUCACAUCAGAAACCAAUAGAAAAUGGAAUAAAUCCAGCAAAUAUUAUAAAUGUUGAUAAUCAAGGAGACCUUCAGCCUUAA